UAGCGAGGCUAAGGUUGUUGAUCGCCUUCGCAAGAAUUCUCGAUUGGCCAGCGUCCUCCGUAAGGAAGCUUGCAUUACGGACAGCUCCGGCCGUGCUAACAACUGGGCCAUGGGGUUUACUUCGUCUUGUAAAGAACUAGCUCAGAGCCGCGGGCUAUUUUAUUCCACUGUAAACGUCCUUCGACGGGAAUUAGAGCGGAUAGACUCCCUUCAAAGCCUAGUUAUCUACCACAGCUUGGCGGGUGGGACGGGUUCAGGCGUCGGUUCCGCGCUCUUCCAGUACCUGCGAGAGGCCUGCCCCUCCGUGAACAUCACCACAUGUUCGGUGGGAC